AUGGUGGAUGAUAUCAAUGAGGUUGAAGAGAUUGUCAAGAAGGUCAAUGUUAAGAUAAUUUCUAAACCUCUUCAAGGUAAGGACCCAGUUGGAUUUGAGCAACGCAUAGAAGAGGUGAAGUCACUACUAGACAUGAAGCCUGAUGAUGAUACUAUAUGUAUGCUGGGCAUAUAUGGACUUGGAGGAAUUGGAAAAACAGAAAUUGCAAAAGCAUUGUAUAGCAAGAUUGUGCACGGAUUUGAAGCUGCAAUUUUUAUCGCCAAUGUCAGAGAGAAAUCAAACAAAAUCAAUGGCCUGGAAGAUCUUCAAAUGUCUCUACUUUCAAACAUGUCUGGAGUGUUAGAAACUGAGUUGAGUAGUACAAGUAGAGGAAUCUACGAAAUAAAACGUCGGCUUGGCAAGAAAAAGGCUCUUUUGGUUCUUGAUGAUGUUGAUGACAUAGAACAAUUGAAUAACUUGGCAGGAGGAUGUGAUUGGUUUGGUUUAGGUAGCAGAAUCAUUAUAACAACAAGGGAUGGAGAUUUGCUACGUCGUCAUCGAGUUGAAAAGACUUACAAGAUGAUGGAGCUCAAUGAUCAGCAAUCUCUUGAGCUCUUCUGUCAAAAUGCUUUUGGAAAGAGUCAUCCUAAAACAGGUUAUGAAGACAUGUCUUAUCGUGUAGUGAAAUAUGCCAGGGGUCUUCCAUUGGUUUUAAAAGUUUUAGGGACUGAUUUGGCCAUUGAAGAUAAUUUAGAAUAUUGGGAGUAUACAUUAGAAGAAUGCAAGAGGAAUCCAAAUCCAAGGAUUAAGGACGUGCUCCAAAGAAGCUACGAAAGAUUGCAGUCCAAUGCCAAGCAAGUUUUCCUGGACAUAGCUUUCUUCUUCAAGGGGGAGAGAAUAGAAUAUGUUGAAAUGAUAUUAAAAGAAUUCAAUGCAACACAAGCUAUUAAAGUACUUGUUCUUAAAUCUCUCAUAACUGUUGAAGAUGGCCGCUUGAAUAUGAAUGGUCAUAUUCAAGAUAUGGCUAGAGAGAUUGUUCGGGGGGAGGCACCGAAUAAUCCUGGCAAACGUAGUAGAUUAUGGUCUCAUGAAGAUGUUACUGAAGUUUUGACUCAAGAUUUGGGAAGUGAUUCAAUUGAAGGGAUAAUACUUGAUCCCCUCGAAGAACAAAAUGUAGAAUGGAGUGGUACUGCCUUUAAGAAGAUGAGAUGCCUCAGAAUUCUCAUUGUUCGAAAUACAUCAUUCUCAAUAGAGCCUAAACAUCUACCAGCUCAUCUAACAGUGCUUGAUUGGAACCAGUACCCUUCAAAGUCCUUCCCACCAGAAUUCCAUCCAAAGAAUAUCAUUGUCUUCAAUUUGUGGAAAAGCAGUCUUACACUGAGAAAGACAUUUCAGAAAUUUUCAAGUCUUACUACGAUGAAUUUCUCAUGUAAUGAAACUAUUACUACAAUGCCUAAUGUGUCUGGGGUUCCAAAUUUGAGAGAAAUCAGACUUGACCAUUGUGAGAAUCUAAUCAAGGUUGAUGAAUCUGUUGUAUUUCUCCAAAAACUUGCUCACUUAAGUGCUUCGGGAUGCUACAAGCUUAGAGAAUUCCCGCGAAGCAUGUAUUUACCAUCUCUGGAAGUCCUUAAUCUUAGUAAUUGCUCCAAACUUGAACACUUUCCAGAUAUAGUGAACAAAAUGAAUCAGCCAUUGAAGAUUUAUAUGACGUGGGCUUCUAUUGAGAAGCUGCCAGAUUCCAUUUGUAAUCUUACUGGGCUUGUUUUUAUGGAUUUCGGAUAUAGCGAGAAACUCAAAUAUCUCCCACAUAGUUUAUUCAUGUUACCGAACUUGGUUACUUUUAAAAUUGGACUAUGUUCCAUCCUUGGAGAGUACUUUAGAAGGUUUGCACAUAGCUCCGCAACUACCAGUGGUCGUUCAAAUUUAAAAACGUUGCACUUAGAUAGGUGCGAUUUGUCAGAUAAAGAUCUUCAUGCAAUUCUCAUUUGCUUUCCAAAAUUAGAAGACUUGUCUGCAUCAUUUAACAACUUUGUAUCCCUCCCUGCAUGCAUUAAUGAGUUUGUUCACUUGACAAGUCUCAAUGUGAAAAGUUGCAAGAAACUUGAAGAAAUUACAGAGUUGCCAUCUACUAUUCAAAAAGUGAAUGCAAGAGACUGCUGCCACUUAGCUACAAAGACGUUAGAUAUGUUAUGGUCUCAGGUGAAAAAAGGAAUACCGGGUUUAGAAGUUGUGAUGUCCGGAACUAAGAUUCCAGAAUGGUUUGACUUCAAGGGAAGUGAUGAAGGAAAUCCCUGUUUCUGGGCUCGUGGAAAGUUCCCUAUUGUUGCUUUAGCGCUGUUCUUCAACCUUGAAGAAGAACAAUUACGUAGCAAUGUUGAGCUUCACUUAGUCAUCAACGAACAACGUGUGCCUUCCAAAGGCAACUACAAGUACAAACAUCCUCCCAAAUUUGACUUUAAUCACGUUUUCUGCAAUGAGUCACAAUUUGUAGUAGUAUGCGAUCUGCGACUUUUGUUUAGCAAAGAGGAGUGGCUUGGUCUUGAUGCAUUUGUCAUUCAGCAAGAUUGGAAUCUUGUGCAGGUUUCAAUCGAAGGCUCAGAGGACAUGAAAUUAAGUAGUUGGGGUGUUCAUGUAUACAAACAAGAAACCAAAAUGGAAGAUGUCAGGUUCAUGUGUCCUGACAAAGUGUUCUCAGAUAUAAUAGCCAACACAUCAUCCCCCACAGCAGCUGCUAUGCAUGUGUUGAGUAUGGAGGCUCAUGAAGGAACUGCCGAGAGACCAUCACGACCUACUGUAGCUUCAAGCUCUGAUGAUGAUGCUUUGUUGCAAGCAUUAGUGAUGAAGAAGGAUGAAAGUUGUGAGUCUGACGCCAAGCAUAAAAUGAAAAAAAUUGAAAAUGAAACUGAUGCGGCUGCUCCUGAUGAAUUAGAUAUUUGGAAACAUGAAUAUCAUGACUUGCUAGACCAGCUCAACAUUUCUAACUCAAAAUUAUCUGCUUUGAGUGGCAUUGAGAUGCAGAGAGAGAGUGGAAAAGAAGGGUGCAAAAGUGUGACAAAGCAUGAGAAGCUAGCUUCUGUUUUGAAAGGAAUAGGUGAAGAGCUGCAAGGGAUUUAUGAUGCUGGGAUUGAAGGCUUCCAGAAAUCACAAGAGUUUAAAGAUCUGAUGAGUGCGGUAUAUUUGAAGGGAGUAAGGGAUGGAGUCCUAAAAGCACACACCACCUUGCUUGCUCUGGACAUGGACAGAAUAACAACUCCAGAUGAACAUGUUACUGAUGAUGAUGAUGAUUUUGAUGACAGUGAAAUUCUUGACGAAACAACUCUAAGCCCUACUGGUUCACAAGUUGACAACCCUGGUGACACGUCUUACCUCUCCCGUAGGCAUAGGAUCUUUCGUCGAUUUUUUAAAAAAUGAUGCUCGCUCUUAGAUUAUACUGAGUGUUUGUGAAAUUAACAAUGCAUCAUGCAUGUGCCACUAUUAACUGUUUUCUACUUUAAUCA